CAUGUGAACGCCGUGCGGGCGUCAGCUUCAUCAUGCUGAGGGGAUGUGAGGGGGUGUCGCCGUGAUGUUACAUCGAAGCGCUUCGUCGCGGCGCCGGCGAGCGUCGCCGAACGUGGCAAACUCGAGCCAGCCGGCAUCUUCGACGAUGCGAGGUCGACGAGCGAGCGUAGCCACUGAUAAACCCCUUAUCCUACCGCCAAGUAGCCCCGGCGGAACGAUGGAAAGGCAGCGGUCGCCGAGGGGCAGCAUGGUGCCGAAUAUCGCUCUGGAUACCGAGAGCGACUCCCCCGACGAGGGAGUUUGUCGCAGGAUCCUGCCGGAUCCCGAACAGUAUGGCACCGGCCGCAACUCCCUGGCGCCCGAGGCGAGCCGCAGCCCACGAAACUCUCUGAUACCUGACGAUUACUGCAGAAGCCCGCGGGGCUCCCUAAUACCAGACCCGAGCAGGAGUCCACGCAAUAGUCUAGUGCCCGACAUGGUGCGGUCGCCGCGAAACAGCCUGACGCCGGAAGUCUCUCUCAGCCCGCGUCACUCCCUGGUGCCGGACUUGGCGCUCAGCCCGCGGAAUUCCCUGGUGCCGGACGUGGCCUACAACCGGAGUCCACGGAACAGCAUGGUGGCGAUCGGCGGCUCGAGGGUGUCCCUCCUGCCGGAGAACGGUAACGCGAUCAUCGCCGCCGCCGGUCGCAGCCCCCGGCACUCGCUGGUGCCGGACUCGACGAGGAGUCCGCGCGGCAGCAUGGCGAAUCUGGACUUCGACCGCAGCCCGCGCGGCUCGAUCUGCCCGGAACUGCACAGAACGCCCAGGGGCAGCAUCACGCCGAUGGAAGUCGUGGACAGGAGUCCGCGCGGCUCGAUCGUUUCGGAGUGUCUGAACCAGAGCCCCCGCGGCUCUAUCGUGCCCGAUUCCAACCGAUCGCCCAGAGGAUCGAUAGUGCCGGAUUCGAACCGGUCGCCGCGUGGAUCGAUCUGCCCGGACAGCAGCAACAGGAGCCCGAGGGGCUCGAUUGCGCCGCACGACCCGACGAACCGGUCGCCGCGAGGAAGUAUAGGCGUGAAUGACGUCGACAGACACUCGAGAGGCUCUCUCGGUGCCGUCAACGACGACGAGAACAGAAGUCCCAGAGGAAGCAUCGGGCCUGAGGGGAUCAAUAGAAGUCCUAGAGGUAGUCUCGGUGGACAUCAAGACAGAAGGGCGCCGAGGGGCAAUCUGGGCUUGCAAGAUCCUAGAAGAGCUUCCGCGGAUCAGGGGAGCACGAGAAACCGAAGUUCCUCGCCUUAUCGCCAAAGAGAAGUGAGCUCGGGAAGCGUCAGAUCGGGCGGAAGCGGUGGUGCACAGGUCAAUCUGGGAUAUGGAACGAAUGCCUGGGCCGAUUCCAGGCGAGCCAGCAGCUCCGUUUCGCAGCUUUCAGGCGACGAGUCGCGCCGGCUUUGCGCCAGCGGCGCGAAGGCACCCGAGAAGGGUGACGCGGAGGCAGCGAAUCUCGGUGUGGCGACGUACGGCUCGGUCGUGUUUCAGCUGAAAGACGCCCACCUCGAGGCGAACGGCAUCUGCGACUUCGUCUUUCGCGCUCUGAGAGUAAUCGGCAAGACGAUGACGUUCACCAUAUGUCUGACCUGUUUGUCCACUGUGCCUAUUUUGAUGUUCAUCUUCGGUGUGCAGUUCAUUAAGGAUUGCCCUAAAGAGCCGUACAUUCCUGUGUACAUGCUGAUCGGCGGGGUUCUGGGCGCCGUCCGUAUGUUCUGGGCGCUCUACUCGCUGAUACAAUCCCGGAGGCCGGAGGUCCUGUCCGUUCCCGCUGUCAGGCCACACGUCUCGCCUAUGAAAUUACUCUCCAUAGCUUUAUCGUGCUUCCUGGUCGCGUGGUUCGUGUUAGGACAUUACUGGAUACUGCAUAUAAUGUGGCCGGAAUACGAACUUUCGUUGUACGCGCCCAAUAGGUGGUGUCACAAGACGCUCUAUAUCUUUUCUUUGGUUCACCUGUGCAUAGUGUACGCGGUUUUAUUUGUAAUAUUAAUAGUGUCAGUCGGUCUGGCUUUCUGCAGAAUUUUGGAGUGCCCUUUACCAGAAAGAUACAAAUAACCACGGCGAUCCGUUCGCCAGAAUAAAAUCCGUGAGAAGAAGAAAAAGAAGUUGGCGGUCGGCAGCGGAGUUGGCGGCUGGGCUUUCGACGGGCGCAAGGUUCUCGAGGAUCUGCAGGAGGAGGAGGACGACGACGAGGACGGCGACGGUACGCAGAGCGACGUUGACCUGGACGAGGAGAAUUGCGGCGGCAAGAUCGUGCAGGAGAUGAAGUAUUGCAGCAAAGUGCAGUUUCGCGCGCCGGAUAUCAUCGAGCUGUGAUGAAUAAACGAUGCUCUCGCGACGGAAGGAAUAGGAGGCGCGGGGAAGGGGACGGCGGAAGGACUCCGGAGACGGGACGCCGGGAUGCAGAGAAGCGACUCGUAAUCUUGAAAACUUUCCCGCGCUAACGAGGACGGUAGCCGCGGGGCACAGGAUCUGCGAGAUGAAAGGGGGCGAAUGGUAGAAAGGAAAUGGAUAACGAGGUCGUGAAAGGAACGGAAGCUGCCGAAGGUCAACGAGAGAGGGUGUAUUGCUUUCGUGAAUAAUCUGUGAGGUCUCGACACGUGCGUGCCACCCGGGUGUCCUUGCAUUUUCCGCCGAGGGUGAAAUCCACGUGAGGGAAAGCACAUCAAAAGCCGAGGUAUCCGGAAUCGAUCGCGAAGAAAUUAUCUCACGGCGACGGUUAACAAUGGAGUGAAAGCGUGUAACUGUGACUCGAUUUAUCCCAAUUAAUUCGUAGAAUAUGAGAGAAGGAAGUAAAUCCCGUGGUAAUAUUCGAACAACGUUGAGCGCGGCACGGCGAAAAUGGAUAAUCUUCAGCGACACGAUCCCUUCUACAUGUAAAUUAAAACAUUGGCGUCGAGCUCUUAUUGUUGUUUUCACGGGAAGAUACGCGUGGCAGGGAGUUUACAUGAUUUCACGGAUUUGAAACCAGAUUCCGACGCGCGAUAAGGGAAAUCCGCAGCGACGAAAGGAAACAGAAUGGAAACUUUUAUCGGUGAAAAAAGAUUACCCGGUGGAAUGCUUGUGGAAAUGAUACUGGAUCCGACGGACGUCUUCCUCGCAGGAGCGGAGAAUAUUUUCCGAAGGAUUUCGUCUCCCCUGGUGCGCCGUGGUAUCGAUUUAAGUCGCGUUCCUGGCCGCGGUCUGGCAGAAAUCGAUACGGAGACCUCCACUCGUAUCAAAACAAGGAUCUCCGAUUCGUCGCUCUCGCAAAUAUAACACCACUGCUCGUCUCUCUUUGCACGCGCCAAUUAAACGCAGAAAAUUGAAUUUCGUGGCACGUACAUAACUUGAUUGAAUUAGAACGGCCGAGCGAUAUAUUAUCUUCUUUUCCCCUGGAAAACAUUUUGCCAAGGAACGUCGUUUUAAAAUAUCGAUUCAGUGUGAAUAAUUGCCAGAUCCGCUAUCAUCGAUCUUCCGAUUAUUUAAUUCGCCCGACCAACGAAUAUAACAGCACGUUGAUUUUCUCUCUGACUUUUAUUAACUUACUGUGUAACUUCCAACACGAAUAUAAAUAAGCUAAAAAAAUAUAUAUAUUUCUUCUUAUUCCACUAAAUAACUACGGAAAUACUUUGACCAAUAUAAACGUUUCUCUAAAUAAAUCUACUCCGCAAGACUUCUUGACAGUUGGAGAUCUCGAGUUCGACAUUCGUUAAUUCUCCCACACAUAGAUACACCUCGGUGGAAAACGCGACGCGCAACUCGACGAACCACACGUUUGAAGACCGCCACGAAGUUGAGGAAAAUUCGCGGAAAUUCUACCGACUACAGUUUUACGACGGGCGUAACACGCCUCGCGUGAAGUUGUGGAUCGCCCGAACGUGAAGAACUUGCGAUUUUGCGGAAUUCCGCGUUAUUAUUUCGAACGCCUGAUGAAGAAGCGAAGGAAAAAAAAAACGGAAUGAAAAUCCGACACACCGGGGAGGUAUGAAACCAGGUAUCGACUUAUCGAGCGGUGACGACGGACGGUGGCGAUGGCGACAGCGACAACGACGACGACGACGACGACGACGUGUUCCUGCCAACCGACACGACGCGCAAAUCCGCUUCAUCGAAUCAAGUCUGGCGAAAAUAAUCACGGCGAUUGGACCACGGCAACUGAGUUCCUCUGUUCGUUUUAUAGUGAUUGGCAGUGAUAGCAAUAUUAUUUGUCCCGAUCACACGACGCGCUCUCUGUUUCCGAAGAUAAUACUCGUGCGAAAUUUCACGUGCGAGAGAGAAGUACGCAAUUUAAUGCUCGCCCGCGAGAAUACACGGCUGCAAUUCGUAAGCGUGUUCAAGUUUUCGGUCGUUUCUCUUCCGAUCGUAUCGAGCGUCGGCCGAAGGUAAGUGGAUCUGAUUAAGGAUGAAGUAGAACAUUGAACAUGAAGUGGAAUGUAAACUGGAGGAGACCAUCUUAUUUUCACUUCGUUUCUCGUCUCUCUCUAAGCCAAAUUGUAAAAACCGUUCAAAAAACUUUUCAAAUCGAUCUUUUUUUUCCAGGAAACUAUAGAUAAUUUAAAUAACAGAGGCGUUCAAUCUUUGCGUUUUGUACAAAAAAUUUGUAACAUGACUUUCCGCUUUAUUAUUCGUUCCAAUCGCUAUCGCGAUUAAAUCGCUUCUUGCAGCCUUCAUUUAAAAUUUGAUUGUGAUCGGACUAUAAAAAAACGUGUCGCGUCGAAACUCUCUCAAAAGAAACCAAACGCACUUCGGAGCGUGUAUAGCUGCUAGCUGCGUCCUGGGAAAAAAAGUUCCACAUAUAAUU